CGGAGGAGAAGGCAGGGCAGGGACGCGGCUGCCCAGGGACCCGAGGGAUCCAGAGGAGACAGCAGCGUUCCUCAACGCACCGACAAGAGCAGAAGGCGGACAGGAGCAGGGCUCACGCAGGGCUGACAGGGAGUAGUGCCCUCGUGGCUCUGGGCCUGUUUGCCAUCUCCCCACCCCCUUCUUUCUCCGCCAGAGAGAGAACAAGCGCCUGAAGGAGACUGUGGCAUUCCUGCACAGGACCUCACUUCUGGCCAGAACCAUGUGUGACAGGAAGCAGGAGGGCCCUGAUGCCAGGGAGCCAGCAUGCAUGCUGUGUCACCGCACUGAGGCUGACCCGGACACCUGCGGUGACAAACUGGAGAAGUUCGGGCUCUGUGCCCACGUGUUCUGUCUGUAUUUCGCCACUCUACUUCCCAGACAAGAAAAUGAACGUGCUGGACUCAUGGGCUUUCUCCCACGAGAUAUCCACCUUGCAGUCCGGCGGGCGGCUCAGAAGCACUGCUGUGUCUGCGGCCAGAGCGGGGCCACCAUCCUGUGCUGCGAGGAAAACUGCGGCAGAUGGUUCCACCUGCCCUGUGCCAAGGAGGGCGGCUGUGUGACGCAGUAUCUUCCAAGUUACAGCUCCUACUGCCCUGAGCACUGUCCAGGGCUGGACGUGCAGGUGACUCCAGAGCCAGGCACCGAAUGCCCCAUCUGCCUGGAGCCUGUGGAGGACAGAAUGUCCUAUAGAACCAUGGUGUGCCCAGCGUGCAAAAGGGCCUGGUUCCACAGGGACUGCAUCCAGGGACAGGCCAUGCGCGCUGGUCUUUUAUUUUUCCAGUGCCCCCUGUGCAGAGAUGGUGAGGAAUUUCUUGUCCAAAUGUUCAUCAUGGGGAUCCGAAUCCCCUUCAGAGAACCAAGUUGGGAGGACAACGAUGCCUUUGAGGAUGUAGGAGAGAGGCACAGGCAGUGUAAAUGCCUUUCCCCAGGAGGCAGGGAAGAGGCAGAGGAAGAAGGGCAAGUUGGAAAGCUAUAA